AUGCCGCACAUCGACAGGGAAGGACGCUCACCUGCCGCACCCAAAUGGGGUAGGCUACGCUCCCUUCUCCCUCAUAUCGCCAGCCAAGCCAAGACCCAGACGCCGGCUCCUUCGACGGUGGUUUCUCCUAAUGUGAACAUCACUGACGAGCUCAUCACUGGCGGGCUGGCCACACAGAUGCUUCGCAUGUGGUUUGAGCGGGACGAUAAAGGACACCGUAGAGUUCCUGCGCUAUUCCACCGACUGCGGAUUCGUGUCAGCGACAGCUUGCACCCACUCCACGGGAAUAAAGCUGUCUUCCGGAUCGAAUGCGAGUAUGCCAAUGGCGCGGUGCGGUGGGUUGUCUAUCGCCAGUUGCGCGAGUUCCUCUCGCUGCACACCCAUUAUACCCUAUCCAACGCGUACAACCGGAAUAUAGAGACGUUGCCGGAGUUCCCCCUGACCACUCUUCCGUACUUCAAGUUCUUGAAGGAACGCGGCAAUGAUGUCGGUCGCGCCGACUUCGCGAGACUGCAGCGCGAGACCCUUGAGAACUACCUGAUUGGUCUUAUACGCGCUGUCAUGUUUCAUCCUGCUGUGAACCGCUUGGCUGGCUUCCUUGAGCUUGGCGCACUCACUAUAGCUCUCGCGCAGUCGGGUGGAGCGCAGUACAAGGCGGGUUUCCUUCGUUUAGAUGCUGUAUCACCGAAGGGUGCGUUCGGACGUAAAGCUGCUGGAUGGCAGGAGAAGAAGAAGCAGCGAUGGUGUGCAGUUCGAGAGAGCUAUCUAGUAGUUAUGGAGGAAAUGGGAGAGCUCGUCGUCUGGGAUGUCUUCCUAAUCGACCAAGACUUUAAGAUCGAACGGCCGACGCGUUACUAUCGACAAGGUCUGAACCUAUUUCACCAACUGGAUGACCACGACAGCGACCACGAAGACGAGGACAAGAGCCACCAGCAAGACAGGAACAAGGCCGGGGCGCCACCUCAGCCACGCAAAAGGCUUGGGUCUACCGUCGGCUCCAUCAAGAGCUCCUUCUCCAAGGUACUCCACCUAGGACACAACCAUGGCGCACAUCAGCGUAAUAACGCGUCCGCCAACAAUCUUGCUGUGGGCGCGCAAAACGGUGGCCGCCGCUCAAGCGUAACCUCGGGGACGUCCGGCGUUUCUGGUCCUUCCUUCCACCCGCUGACUCCGAUGUUGGACCCUUCGACGAACACCAACCCGUUAGAGGGCGUGCACGAUGAGGACCACGUGGGUGAAGACGACCUGCACCCGCCGACCGAGGAUCCGGGAGCGCAGAAGCGGAGCUCGAAGGACGUGUCGAAGCACACGUUCUACGUGGUGAACGCGCAAACGCGACUAAAGCUGUUUGCGAAGAACGAAAGGCAAAUGCUGCAAUGGAUCGCCGCGUUCGAGCGGGUCGCGAAAGAGAGCCAUUACACCGGCAAGAACCGUUUCGAUAGCUUCGCGCCCAUCCGACUGAAUGUGGCGGCGCAGUGGUUGGUGGAUGGUCGCGAUUACUUCUGGAAUCUGUCCAGAGCUAUCCUACUCGCGCGGGAGACCAUCCAGAUUCAUGACUGGUGGCUUUCUCCAGAGCUGCAGCUGCGAAGACCAAACAAGGAUCGUUACCGUCUCGACCAUCUACUGGAGAAGAAGGCGAAGGAAGGCGUCAAGAUCUACAUCAUUCUCUACCAGGAGGUGUCGAACCGGACGACCCCUACAGACAGCCACUACGCCAAGCAGCGCCUGACCGCACUACAUCCGAACAUCAUGGUCCAACGGUCGCCCUCUCACUUCCAGACCGGCACCUUUUACUGGGCUCAUCAUGAAAAGCUCUGCGUCAUCGAUCAGACAAUCGCGUUCAUGGGGGGCCUAGAUCACUGCUUCGGACGAUGGGACACACCUCAGCAUAUCCUCGUCGACGACCCUGAACUCGGUCCUGAAGGUCAGGGUCAGGAGUUCAUCUGGCCUGGCAAGGAUUACAGCAAUCCGCGAGUGCUCGACUUCCACAACCUAAACAAGCCAGACGAAGACAUGUAUGACAGGGGGAAAGUUCCCCGAAUGCCUUGGCACGAUGUCUCGAUGCAAGUCGUCGGACAGCCCGCUCGUGAUCUUGCGAGGCAUUUUGUUCAAAGGUGGAACUACUUGCUCAGGAUUAAGAACCACUCGCGUACCAUGCCGUUCUUGCUCCCACCACCGGAGUUCAAACCCGGUGAGCUGGCAGAGAUGGGCCUGACGGGAACAUGCGAGCUGCAAAUCUGCCGCUCUGCUGGACCUUGGUCCAUGGGGACGCCCGAGCGGAUCGAGCAUUCCAUCCAGAACGCGUACUUGAAGGCAAUCCAAAUGUCUGAUCAUUUCGUGUACAUCGAGAACCAGUUCUUCAUUACCUCUACUGUUGUGAAUGAGGUCAAGGUCGAGAACCGGAUCGGCGACGCGCUCGUAUCGCGCAUCAUCCGCGCACAUCGUGAGCGGACGCCCUGGAAGUGCUGUAUCGUCAUCCCGCUAUUGCCCGGCUUUGCAUUUCCCGUCGACCAUAGCGACGCUAGCGCUAUUCGCAUCAUCCUCGAGUGUCAAAACAGGACGAUCAGCCGCGGGCCGAACUCUAUCUUCGGUCGUCUGAGGAAGGAAGGCAUAGACCCCGACAACUACAUUACUGUGUUCUCGCUUCGCAACUGGGCCAAGCUACGUGGUGAGGUGCUGACCACGGAGCAGGUCUACAUUCACGGCAAGGUCUGUAUCGUGGACGAUCGUCUGGCAAUCAUCGGCAGCGCGAAUAUCAACGAGAGGUCUCAGCGAGGAGACCGGGAUUCAGAGAUAGCAGCGGUCAUUCGCGACACGGACAUGCUUGACUGCACGAUGGCGGGGAAGCCCUACAAGGUCGGCCGCUUCGCUCACAGCCUUCGCGUGCGCCUUAUGCGGGAGCAUCUCGGAGUCGACGUCGACGCCCUCUACGAGGAGGAUCUUAUGGCCGCUGAACCCAACAAGGAGGAGUACGAGCAAGAGCAUUGGGACCCUGAAGGCGAGCAAGAGUUCGGUGAUGCUGGGGUGACGCACAUCAGCAGAAAACACCAGCGUACCGCCAUGGGAUCUCUGGUACAUGACACCAUUGACGGAUUGGAGCAAGCCAUUCAUGGCACUGGGGAGGCUGGGUCUAAGGAUAUGUCCGUGUUGAUGAGGAAGGCUGGCCUAAAGACCAAGAAUGCUGAUGCGACCGCCGGUGACCGCUUCUUGCGGGAGGAGCGGGAGAUGUACACCCGUGACGGACAGAAGGAGCCUGGUUUCGCUAGUUCUCUUGUCCCGACCCUCGAGGAGAAGGUCAUCGCUGAGCAUCGUCCUCCGCAAGAACACGCCACAGCUUCGACCAUCCACCGCCAGCUGGAGGAGGAUAGCGGUCUGGAGGACGAGCAAGAUGGGGAUGCUGGUCGCAGGAACGGCAUCAUACCAAACGGCGAUGGUGAUGCGAAGAAGGAGCAGAACGGCUCGGCGACAGCACCGAACGGGGACGCUCACCGUUCCGAACCCCCUCAAGCGCGUCUCGAGGACGGCGAGUUGUACGGAGCGCCCGCCGAUGCGUCGGUGGACCCCAUGCACGACGAUCAGCCUCCACACGCGAGGGCCUCUAAGACUGAUGCCGACGAGGAAGAGAGCAAGGCGCCAGGGGCUCGCGCGACACUUCGGAAGCAUCUUGCGGCGAAGCUUGGUAACAAGGCAUGGCAGCUUCCGACACCCACCCCGAACGUCGAUCCGUACGGCUUCGAAGAUCCCAUCCGGGACGAGUUCUGGAAGGAAACCUGGGUCGCGAGCGCCGUUCACAACACCGAGAUCUAUCGCAAGGUUUUCCAUGCGAUCCCUGACGAUCUCGUCACGACGUGGAAGCAGUACAAGGAGUUCAUCGUACACCACGAGCGUCUCAACAAGCCUGUCAAGGAGCACGACCCCUCAGACCCACCUCUUGCGCGUAUGCCUUCCGAGGCAGCAGAUCGCGAAGCGCCAGGACAGGCCCGUGUAGCUGACCAUUACGCGUAUACUUCCGAGGACAACCUAGCUAGGGAAAAGGAGCACGCGGACGACUAUGAGGAGUCGCGAACAUCGUCUACCCCUCUGCCAUCCGAGACGCCAGGGGGAGCUGGACAGAAGGAAAAAGAGAAGGAGAAGGAGAAGCAGCGGCCGGCGUCGAAGGGUCCCAAGCCCUUCGAGCAAUCGGAGCGAGACGAGAUGGAAAACCUCUUGAACGAACUGCGUGGUCACCUUGUGAUAUAUCCUACGCGAUUCUUGGAAGGGGAGGAUGUUGCAAACAACUUCUUGUUCCCUACCGACAGGCUCAUGCCGCUGCCAAUCUACGACUAG